AAUCGUUUACUAAACAUUUUAUAAAGGUAAAGAGAAAAAGCAUACACUAUGUCUGAUGAAGUUUUUAGCACAACUUUGGCAUAUACGAAGAGUCCAAGAAUUACCAGAAGAACUACUUUCCAGGAUGAGCUAAUAAGAGCAGUUACAGCUCGCUCAGCCAGACGAAGGAAUUCUGAAUACUCAGAUGACUUUGAUAGUGAUGAUAUUGUUUCCUUAGGUGAUUUUUCUGACACUUCAGUAGAUGAAAACUUAGUUAAGAAAAAAAUGAAUGAUUUUCAUAUAUCAGAUGAUGAAGAAAAGAAUUCUUCAACACCAACUUUUUUGAAAAGCAAGAAAUCAGACAGUGACAUAACCAAAGAUGAGCCAGUAUUAGCUGACAAAAAUGACGAGAAAAUGGCACGUGAUGGUUGUGAAGACGUGGUUGUAAAUUCCUUAUCUGAAUCUCAAAACAAAGACCAGGAAAUUGAAGAAGAGAAAAUUAAAAUGAAACCUAAACCCAGAAUUCUUUCAGUCAAAAGCACAUCUUCAGCAGAAAACAGCAGUAGCCUUGAAACAGAUGACCAUUUUAAACCUUCACCUCGACCAAGGAGCAUGUUAAAAAAGAAUAGCCACAAGGAGGAGAAAGAUAGACUAGAAGAAGGUAAAGAAACUGCCCUCGGUGAAGAAAAAGAGUUGCAUCUGGCACCUUCUUCCCCUCCAAGGCUGCAUGGCAGACAGUUAGAAGCUGAGAAGAAAGCAUUCUCUGAAAAGCUUGAUCCUGAGGAUCCAUGGUUAACAAGUCAGUCAUCAUCAUCCCUUAAAGAAAGUCUUGGAGAUUCCUUUUCACCAGGAUCUGGGGAAAAACCAUCCAUAAAAGAUCAAAAUGAAGAAUUCACUGAAAACUAUAAUUCCUUCAAAUCAAAUGAAAUUAAAGAGAAUUCAUUUUCAAUAGAAGUCAUGCCUACUGCCCUUGAGAAAUCUAAGGAAAGUCAAGUGACUGCUGAUGACCUUGAAGAAGAAAAAGGGAAAGCGGAACAGAUUAUGGAUGGUGACUUAACAGCUGAUCUACAACUAUUUAAAUCUCAGAGUAUCUUAAUAUCCACCAAUACAACUGAAUCUGCAAAGAAAACAAUUGAAGAUAGAAAUAUGAAGAAUAAAAAGUCAACAAAUAAUAGAGCAUCCAGUGCAUCUGGCAGAUUAAUGACCUCUGAGUUUUUAAAGAAAUCUAGUUCUAUAAGAAGAACUCCAUCGACAACUACCUCUUCUCACUAUUUAGGGACUUUGAAAGUCUUGGACCAAAAGCCUUCACAGAAGCAGAGCGUAGAACCUGAUAGAGCAGAUAACAUAAGGGCAGCUGUUUAUCAGGAGUGGUUAGAAAAGAAAAAUGCAUAUUUACAUGAAAUGCACAGAGUAAAAAGGAUUGAAAGUGAAAACUUAAGGAUCCAAAAUGAACAGAAAAGAGCUGCUAAGAAAGAAGAAGCAUUAGCAUCAUUUGAGGCCUGGAAGGCUAUGAAAGAAAAGGAGGCAAAGAAAAUAGCUGCAAAAAAGAAGCUUGAGGAAAAAAACAAGAAGAAAACUGAAGAAGAAAAUUCUGUGAGAAAAGGAGAAGCACUACAGGCUUUUGAAAAAUGGAAAGAGAAAAAAAUGGAAUAUCUUAAAGAGAAAAAUAAAAAGGAGAAAGAAUGUGAAAGAGCAAAGAAACAGAAAGAGGAGGAAACUGUUGCUGAGAAAAAGAAAGAUAACUUAACAGCUGUUGAAAAAUGGAAUGAAAAAAAGGAAGCUUUUUUCAAGCAAAAGGAGAAAGAGAAAAUAAAUGAGAAAAGAAAGGAAGAACUGAAAAAAGCUGAGAAAGAAUAUAAAGAUAAACAAGCUAUUGAUGAAUAUGAAAAAUGGCUGGAAAAUAAAGAAAGGCAGGAAAGAAUUGAACGAAAACAAAAGAAACGUCAUUCUUUUCUUGAAAAUGAGGCACUUCCUCCGUGGAGCCCUCCAAGCAGAACUGUGCUCUCAAAAGUGUGUUGA